AUGCUUUCUCAGCUCAAGCUUCUACUGAAUCGCUCGUGCGAGGAGAAGAAGCCAUUUGUCUGGAGAAUGCAGAACCCGGAGACUCGGAAAUAUCAGCUGUUCCCAAGAGAAAAACAGCUUCCAUCAGCUACUAGUGGAAAGCAAUUGGAUCCGGAGCAGGCCUUCGCGAUGGCUAUGGGACAGACGGACAAGGCCUCCGUGGGCAACGGCCUCCGGAUGCGUAUCAAGGAACACAACUUAAAUCGGAGGAGAAAGAUCAGCGUACCCGAGUUAGGCCCUAUGACGACGGUACAGGAGGUUGCGAUGGAUUCACCAACGAUUCCGGGCCGGCCUGCGUUACAUGAACGAUCCAUCAGUACUCCUGUCAACACUUGGCGCCAGCGUCAUUUCUUUGAAUUUACCACAACCUCCGUUAAAGAGUGUCCGGAGGAGAACCUAGAGGGUUUUACAGUCAGAGAUGCACAGACGUCUACUUCAGUUCCAAAGCAACCGCUUUCUCCAAAGGACCUGGCGCCCUUAACGAUACCAACGCAGAGCGGUCCGAUUCCAAGGCUAGCCCGGCAGCUUUCGUUAAGCCGACUUAGAUCUAGGGAUUCACAACGGGAUACGCAACAGGAGCCGACAAUCCGAUUAACACGGACUGAAGAAUCACCCAAGAUACGAACUCCAUUCACACCUGCUUCGAGUUCGGUCUCAGCUACGACCCCUAUGUCGGCGACUACUGCUACGACCAACUCGACGCUCCCGACACCUUUAUCGGCACCUGCAGAAUACCGGGGUUCUCCAAAGCCAUGGGACAGGCUAGGUUCAACCACACCUGUAGCCACUAUGCAGCAAACCAUUGAUACCAUGGCGACACCAAAGACGUGGUCGAUCCGACUCUGGGGUAUUAUGGAUCGCGGACGUCCACGGAAGCGAAGUGAUGGCACACCAAUUGGUAGUAUUGGUAAUAUUAAUGGCAAUGGUGGUGGUUUAAAGCGAAGCAACUCUAAGAGGAGCGUCAGCGCUGAACGCCGUGCUUUCGAGAACCUACCUCAGGGAUGGAAACCCAGCGAAGCAGUCAAGAACAUCGACUCAUCUGAAAUUGCUUAUUUGCAAAAGCAAGCCCUAGGUCAAACUCUGAGGUUUGAAGUACUCAAGAAGGAUGAUGUCGAAAACCUCUCCAAGGAACUACGCCACCUCGAUGAGCGAACAGAGUAUCUUCGUCGCACGUAUACAUCUCUUCGUGCCGGGCGCCGAAACCUUCACAGCCGCAUUUGCCAGUACUUGAGGUCACCUCGCGUUGCUAAAUUUAGCUACGAGUCCAUGUUAAAGCAAGAGGAAACUCUUGCCGAGCUUGACGCUUCAAUUGAUGAUUGGGUUACGAAACUUGAACAGGCUGAAAACAGACGAACUCGUGUUAGACAAAAACUCCUUGAGCAUGUUGCCGCCGCCUCCACGCUUUCGGUAAUUAAAGAUAUCGGCAUCACAAGCGACGUUCUUCAACAGGUCAUGGGUGUUCGGCUACCCAAUGGCACUUCGGAUAUCUCAACGCCACCUCGGAGCCCAACCAAGAAUAAUGCUCCUAUUCAGUCUCAGUCCCCGUCGCCAUCUCCAUCGUCAUCGCCACAGCGUGUCGUCGCUCGAGUACCUUCAAUGAUCCCCGAGCUACCAUCUGAAGAGGCUGAGGAUGAUGUAGCCAAUGGUAACCGAAAGAGUUCGAUGGAAUCUACUCUACAGCGAAUGGAAAGCAUUCGCAUUUAUGCCGACAGCGAUGUCUACGCUCUCCUAGCUGAUGUCGAGAAUGAAUUCACUAAAUUGAACGUCGGUAUUGCAGACUCUGAACUUACUGGAUCGCCGCGAUCAGAAGAGCACCGUAGAAUUUUACAUCGCGCCCACAGCCAUGAUAUUAUCAGCAACCAGCAUUCGAAAUGUCUCAACAAGACGCCGCCUACUUCGCCCCCUGCACCUGCGCCACCGAUGAAGAACUCCCCCACCAGGGAGCGAGCUGAUGUUUUCUUAUCCUCCGCCGUUUUCCAACCGGGUCGGACCCCUUCGCCCAAUUAA